AUGUUGGAGAUGCUCAGCACAAAAUCUGCUCAUGACAGAACCAGCUUUCAUCGUCUCGGAAACACGGAAGGACAAGGAAGUCGCUACACAGGAGCACUUGGCAUUCCCAGCACAAAACCACGGAUUUCUGUGCGGACCGGGUUCCUAACUGUAGGAUGCUGUCUAGCAUUCGCUGUCGCGGUUGCGACAGUACAAAUCGAGUCUCUUGCAGUGGAGCUGGGCCAAACGUACCAGCUCGUUGUCAUUGGUCUCAUGUUAUCACUCAUGUGGUACUGCGCUCAGCGACAGAUACAGCUCGCCCUGCUUUCAAUCGAAGCGAGGCACAGAUGUCCCACGAAAGGAACCUCCAUGUUACAGAAUUUGGACGCGAUCCUGACCUUGAACCCUCUUGGAUCGCAUGUCAACAUCUGCUACCGAGUAGUGAUAGGGGUACUGCUGCUCUUGCCCCUAGGUCUGAGUGCCGGGUACAAGAUCUUUUCAGGAGGGUAUAGUAAUUCUCCAGCUACGGUUUCACAAGCCUAUUUCGGGAUCACAGGUCCGCCUGGUACCCAGAAUAUUGGUUACGGUGUAUCACUGUUUGUCAAUACGACGUUGCCGUGGUUUGAUGAUCCGGGUUUUGACCGUGUCUACGGCUUCAAUAUGUACGUCGCGUCUGAGAAUACGACAGCGAUGCUUGAUGGACCGAUGCCGUCGUUUGUCUCAGCUCAGCAAAAAGGCCUUCGACCUGGGCAGUCUCUGUCAUUGACAGCCGAGGUCACUGCAACAGUCUGCAACCUCUCAUCCUCCCUCGACCAGUCCCGGGCUUGGUUGAACGACACUUUCCAGAAUGUUACUGGAAACAGUGACAUUAACACAGCUUUCUGGCAAUUCUUUAACACUGCCGAUCAAUUCGUAGGCCUGAUGACUCCCUACUCGUGGGACUUCUCCACGGUAUGGAUGUCAUGGUGGUCAGUCAAGCAACAACAAAACUUCGGUUCCCAGGUUCGUCAAUAUAAUUUGACUCGUCAAAGAAUGAUCGGCACUUGGGACAUAACAGCCAACUCCGUGUCGCUUCGGAAUGCAACAUUUUUGCAUUCAAUUACGAACAAUCAAACCAUCCUCAACUUCAACCUGCUGGGUGCAGGCAAUCUUUACAUCUUUGCUCUGACCGAAUACGACUACCUGUUUCGUAACCUGGGAUACUGGCGCAAGAACAACAACUCCAAAUAUCUUGAAUUUGUGAAAACAGAUUCCACCCUCGUGGCCGCUAUGAUAUGGUCUCGCAUAACCUCGCUCGAUGGUCCGGAAGGCUGGGGGUUAGACACAAGUGAUCCAGCACCUAUCGAUCCCAACCUUUAUUACCAUGUUACCAAUGUGACGCAACAAUCCACGCCCAUCACACUGGAGCGCAGCACGUGGGGUUUGUUUUUGAUAUUAGCUACCAACCCUUUACUUCUUGCAUUCUCGUUACUUUUCUCCGCCGCUUUGUACUAUGAUUCCCCAAUUGGUGAAGGGUUCGGCCUGUCAUCGAUACUCAGCGCGGCGAAUCCUGCGACCCUCAGUUUGCUCGAUGGUGCGGGACUAUCAGGGCAGCUGAAGGAAAAGGUCCAUGUGAGAUUCAACGUUAUUGCGAAGCACGAGGAGAUGAAGGUGGACGAGUCCGAUUAUCUUAAUGAGCCAAAGAGGAUCAAGAUUGUGUUUGGGGCGGAUGAUGAGAGGAACGAUCAUGUGAGAAUGAGCGAGGUGUAUGGCUGA